AUGGGAGUAGGUACAAAGCAAACUCGGCUGGUCCUGUUGGCGCUGACUGCAGCAGCCUUGUGGUCGGGCCCGUCCGUGGGGACACCGUACCGCGGGGACGCGCCCGACGGGCGGGGGGAGUGGGAGGCCCGCCCGGCUGGGAGAGGGGACCCGGCGGCUGGCAGGUCGGACAGGCAGGACCAGGCACUGUGGGAUGUGGUGGAGGCGCUGGAGUGGACCGUGGACUUCUUCCGCCGGUCCUACCGAGACAUCAACCUGGACGGGCUGUACGGGCUCAGGAUAGCGGAAGGACAGCUCGGGCUGAUGUUGGAGACGGUUGCAGACGGCUCUGCGCACCACACGGUCCGUCACGUGAUCCACAGACUCGGGCGCAUCAAGGUCAGGAUUACACGGAUCUCCCACCAUGCACUGCACCUGCUCAGAUCACGUGACAUGGAGUACUUCCGGAAGUUUGAGGCGGUUGUGAAGGAGCCGUUUCUUCUGAGGACUCCUUGGAAAUACCUGAGGACAGAGGAGGAGGAGCAGAGGGAAGAAACCAUGACGGAAACCUGGUUUCCCGGGAAUUUGAGCGACCAUUGUCUGGCAGAGGUGACAGGUGGACUUAAUUCCGACAAACACAGAGACAGGAAGUGCACCGUUAGUGAGAGGUGUUGGCGGUUCAUCACGGCCUCCCACACGUCAGGUUACACCCUGUCACACCAGAUUCUCUGGACCAUCCUAGGAGAACACGUUGGAUGUAUGGAGAACAUUGACAAGUACGCCAGGAGGAGAGGUAUGCUGGAGGGUACGGCGGAACUACGUCACAGGCACUGCAGUUCUGCUCUGCACCACAUGGAGGCGCUCAUGCACAGGGGAGCUGCUCAGGCAGACCAAGACAUGUUUCUGGAGACAAGAUCAGGCAUACACCCACCAGACGGAGGCUUUUAGGUGAAAAACUGCUGCAACAUGACUGCCUGUCGCACAAAAGCGGACUGGGAGCCGCCAUCAUGGGAAUGUACGCGCGGUGCAUGAUGGACCCGGCAUGCACCUGGAGAAGUAAAUC